CCCGACGCGAGAGCGAGAGACCUACUUUCCCCUCGUCUCAGGCCAUGGCUCUUAGGGUUUCCACCCUGCCCGUCGCCGCCGUCGGCCGCGCCGGCAACUACACCGUGCACGGCAUCACGGAGAGCCCGGGGGGCAUCUGGGACGGCCUCACCAUCGUCGGCAUCGUCGUCACCGGAGUACUCCUCCGCCGUCGCCUUCGCAGCUGGAGCAGGCACCUGUUCUCUGGUUCCCGGCCCCAUGACCCCCAGCACCGAGACCUAAGGGUGAGGGCCGACCGGGCUGAAAACAAGGGCAAACGUGAGCAGUGGGCGGAGACAAACCGCCGGUUUACCAAGAAGGCCGGGCAAGGGAACCUCUAAAAGCAUCCCCAGCCCAAAAGCUGGGGGUGGACAUACGAGGGCGUACAGUGGUGACGGUGGCGACAAAAAAUGCGUGGAAUAGAAAUGAUGCAUGGUUGGAGAAACUUAAUCAUUUAGAUCUGAGACUUGUGGCGACGGUGAUUGGUGAACAUAACGUUGGGUGACAUCUGUUAAUCUCAGACUUAUGGUGGUUGGAGGAACUUCUGGAAUUUUGAUCAAAUUAUGGUGUCACAUAUUAUCGGUGAAUCUAUUUCUUUGAGAUGAGCUAUAUAAUCAAAUCCUGCUGCUUUGGUUCUCA